GCUUAGAAUCUGUUAAUCUGUUCACUUUCGUCUAGGGAUUGCUUGGAAAUGAGUCAUAGCACAUUUGUGCAAAAGCCCAAACCGGCCAUGUCCCACGCGCACUCACAUAUAAAAGCACACUGCCUCCUCCUUAUACUGCACACUCCCCUCAUUCACUUCAAAGUUCAUUCAUACCUCCAAUUUACAGCAACAAGAAAUGUCUGCUAAUUCCUUCCUCCAUUUAUAUUACUACUUAUAAAUGGAAAGGCAACAUGCAGGGUGCCAAAAGAGUGUGAGCUGUGGGAAAUUCUCUUCUCCUCUCUUCGUGGGUUCUUAAACCAACCCUUGCUUUCGUCUUUGAGCCAAAGUAGCCCCCCAUUUAUUUCUUCUUUUUUUUUUUAAUUGGUUUGUGAUCAUGGAGACUACCUCGCAUCACGGUUUCGGAGCUUUCAACGGCACCGGCGAUGGGCACAUGCGGCACCGGAGAAUGAUGAUGCACAUGUCCUUCUACUGGGGCCAUAAAGCUGAGGUUCUCUUCUCUGGUUGGCCCGGGACGAGCUCGGUGAUGUACCCUCUGGCUUUGGCCUUCGUGUUUGUUCUCGCUGUGCUUGUCGAGUGGCUCUCCCAUUGUAACAUUAUAAAGCCCGGGACGAACAACUUGGCGGUGGGGCUGAUGCAGACGGCGAUGUACACGGUACGCUCCGGUCUGGAUUACAUGGUUAUGCUCGCCGUGAUGUCGUUCAACGGUGGUGUUUUUCUGGCGGUGGUUGGUGGGCGAGCGGUAGGGUUCUUGGUUUUUGGGAGUCGAGCUUUUAGGAAGACCAGUGGAUCUGCGUCGGGUUCUGAUCAUGCUCCGUCCGAUCUUCCUCCGAUGAAAUGCUAACAUGAUAGAUAGAGCAACUAUUAUAUGUAGCACUUGAAGUCGAAGGGGUUUUGGGUUUGAUCAUUUUACAUCAAUUCCAACUCAUGUUUGCAUAAAUAAAAUAUUUACAAUUUAUUUUUUAAUUAUGAUUAAUGAAAUGUUAGGUCCAACUUGGGACGCUUGACGAUUUUAAGGAUAAAUAAGAGAAUUUAAUUAAAAUUUGGUUUCUUUGUUGACCUGGUUUUCGCAAUGAUAUAGAUUUGGUGCAUCUUGCUGAUAUAUGCUCUGAUCAUGUCAUUCAAAGUCUGAUCUUUAUGUUUAUCAGUACCUACCUAAUUUUUAUUUUAUUUGUUAUUGACUAAUAUUAUAAUGAAAAAUGCCACAAUU